AGGGGCGGGGGUUGGGAAGAUGGCGGCUCCCAGCCUCCUCAACUGGAGGCGGGUUUCCUCCUUCACGGGGCCGGUCCCCCGCGCCCGGCACGGACACCGGGCCGUGGCCAUCCGGGAGCUGAUGAUCAUCUUCGGAGGGGGCAACGAGGGCAUCGCGGACGAGCUGCACGUCUACAACACGGUUACCAAUCAGUGGUUCCUACCAGCUGUUAGAGGAGACAUCCCUCCAGGCUGUGCUGCCCAUGGAUUUGUCUGUGAUGGUACCAGAAUAUUAGUAUUUGGGGGAAUGGUUGAGUAUGGAAGAUACAGCAAUGAGUUAUAUGAGUUACAAGCAAGUCGUUGGUUAUGGAAAAAAGUAAAACCCCACCCUCCUUCUUCUGGUUUACCUCCUUGUCCUCGGCUUGGACAUAGCUUCUCUUUAUAUGGUAACAAGUGCUAUUUGUUUGGAGGCCUAGCAAAUGAAAGUGAAGAUUCAAACAAUAACGUUCCCAGAUAUUUAAAUGAUUUCUAUGAGUUGGAGCUACAGCAUGGUUCUGGUGUGGUGGGUUGGAGCAUUCCAGUAACUAAAGGAAUUGUGCCUUCUCCAAGAGAAUCCCACACAGCUGUCAUAUAUUGCAAAAAAGAUUCUGGAAGUCCUAAAAUGUAUGUUUUUGGUGGAAUGUGUGGUGCUCGCCUAGAUGACCUAUGGCAACUUGACUUAGAAACUAUGUCGUGGUCAAAACCAGAAACUAAAGGGACAGUGCCACUUCCACGAAGCCUUCACACAGCCAGUGUCAUAGGAAACAAGAUGUACAUUUUUGGUGGAUGGGUUCCUCAUAAGGGGGAAAAUACUGAAACUUCACCUCAUGAUUGUGAAUGGAGAUGUACCAGUUCAUUUUCUUACCUAAAUUUGGACACAGCAGAAUGGACUACCCUAGUAUCAGAUUCUCAGGAAGAUAAGAAAAAUUCAAGACCAAGACCAAGAGCUGGACAUUGUGCUGUUGCAAUUGGCACUCGAUUGUAUUUUUGGAGUGGAAGAGAUGGCUACAAAAAAGCACUGAAUAGUCAAGUCUGCUGCAAGGAUCUUUGGUAUCUUGAUACUGAGAAACCUUCGGCACCAUCACAAGUACAACUGAUCAAAGCCACUACCAACUCCUUUCAUGUCAAAUGGGAUGAAGUGCCUACAGUUGAGGGCUAUCUUUUGCAGUUGAAUACGGACUUGCCAUACCAAGCUACAUCAUCAGAUUCUUCAGCAGCAGUAAAUAUGCAAGAAGAGGAGAAAACUUUUGUGAUCAGUGAUACAAUGAACAGUGCAAAAAUUGAACAUACAUCUGUGAAAGGAACUUCGGUGAAAAACAAACCUGAUCUCAAAGCAUCAACUGAUUCUAAUGCCAUUUUACAUUCAUCUUUGGCAACUAAUGCUUCUAAUCAUAAUAGUUGUGUGAUGGAUAUGCUAAGGAAAAAUGAAGGUCCUCACACUUCAGCAGAUAUAGGUGUUCUAAGUAGUUGCCUGGACUUAAGAACAGUAAUCCCUGAAACUUCUGUAUCCAGUACUGUUUCCAGCGCACAAACUAUGGUAACCCAGCAGACCAUUAAAACUGAAUCAUCCAGUACAAAUGGGGCAGUUGUUAAAGAUGAAACUUCACUAACAACAUUCAGUACCAAAUCUGAAGUUGAUGAAACAUGUGCACUGCCUGCAACUAAGAUCAGCCGUGUAGAGGCACAUGCUGCAGUGAUGCCAUUUUCUAAAGAGACUCCUUCAAAUCCAGUGGUCACAAUGAAAGCAGGAGAACGACAGUGGUGUGACGUAGGAAUUUUUAAAAAUAAUACAGCUUUGGUGAGCCAGUUUUAUUUGCUGCCGAAAGGGAAGCAAAGCAUCUCAAAGUCUGGAAAUGCAGACGUGCCUGACUACAGUUUACUUAAGAAACAAGAUCUGGUUCCAGGGACAGGAUACAGAUUCAGGGUUGCUGCCAUCAAUGGUUGUGGAAUAGGCCCUUUCAGCAAAAUCAGCGAAUUUAAAACAUGUAUUCCUGGUUUUCCUGGAGCUCCUUCUGCAGUCAGAAUUUCUAAGAAUAUUGAGGGUAUCCAUCUUUCCUGGGAACCUCCAACUUCACCUUCUGGAAAUAUUUUGGAAUAUUCAGCCUACUUGGCUAUUCGCACAGCACAAAUACAAGAUAACCCAAGUCAGCUUGUGUUUAUGAGGAUUUACUGUGGUCUUAAGACAUCAUGUGUAGUAACUGCUGGGCAACUUGCAAAUGCCCAUAUUGAUUAUACAUCCAGGCCUGCCAUUGUGUUCAGGAUAUCAGCAAAGAAUGAAAAGGGAUAUGGACCGGCUACACAAGUUCGAUGGCUUCAAGGUAACAAUAAAAAAGCACCUUUAAAUUGAAUUUUUUAAAACUGAAGCUAUUGUGAUGAUUAUUUAUUAGUAACUGGUUAUGAAGAUUUGUCAUUUAAAAGAGUAUUCUCUCUGUAUUGCUAGCAGUUUUGAAUUUGAGUUUGUAAGUUGUUCUUAAAAUGUAUUUGCUUAAUUCUAGAUCCAAAUAAAAAUAGAAAAGAAGCAAAGACUCUCUGAAAAUUAGUAUAUGGAUUCUUCCUUACAGUUAUAGCUCUUUUAUAAAAGAAAAUAGUAAAAUUAAGAUAAAAGCUAAAAAGCUUUAUUACCCCAAUAUCUUUUAUAAAGACCAUGUAACUCAGUCAUCCUAGAGUUACUGAGAUGAUUCUAGUAACUGGCUGUUGUACACUGUGCCGUCUUAUAUAGUUAAUAUUCUCUACAUUGUAAAGGCCCUGUCUUUGAGUUCUUCUCUGACUUUAUUCUAUACGAGCUGUGGUCCUCUAACAACUAUCUUCUACUGGAUGAUAUUUGUGAUACUAAUUUUUAGUAGCCAUUUAAUCCAUUUAUUUAUUUAUCUACAGUUAGCACAGAACUUAAGAAAUAAAAAAAGAAAGAGGCAAGUUCAGAAACUCUGCUUUUGAAUUUUUAUUAUUUUCCAAGAAUCAUGUCCAAAAAGAAUAAUGGGUUCUCUUGAUUCAUACCAGGCUGAUAUACUGGAAUAUAUUUUUGGCCAAAGCACUUAACUUAACCUGGUCCUGAAUUUCCUCAUCAAUAGAUGAAGGAGUUAAAGGAAUUUAUUCUUAGGGUCCCUUUCAGUACUGAAAUUCUGUAUUUUCAUCAGAAGGAAGUAUAUCCCUAAACAUUUUAACAUUUGUCUUAAUGGCUGUAACUUUGUUUUUGCUGAAACUAAAACAUUCAUAAUUUAAAAUUCAAAAUUAAAGUACAUGUUCUCCUUAUUGCAGAAAGAAAGAAGCACCUUAAAGGACACACGUUUUGAAAUAGUGUUUUAAACAUUUGUAAGAUUUUUGUAAAUGCUCCAAAUGUUUUAUUUUUGCAUUGUUUUUACCUUGAAAUUGUAUAAACUUUUUUACAACUGAAAUAUAAGCAUUAGACAGCUAACUCAGGUUCCAUUACAACCUUAAAGAUGCAGAUAGGCAUUAUGGAUACUCUGCUACAGGUAACUUGUUUUAAACCUUUUAGAAAUUUCAUAGUCCCACUGCCUAUUCAAAUCUGGAAUGAAUAUACAGAGCAAUAAAAUAAUUGCAGAAAAGAUAUUUCAAGCUAAGAGCUGCAGUAACUGCAGGGACAUAGGUCUUAGCUUUUUAUACUGUGUAACCUUAUGCCAGUUUAGGUUGACUGAGUAGCUAUGUCCUCAAACUUCAUGUAUAAUACUCCCAGCAAAGAUGGAUUUAAUUGUGCAGAAUUGAUAUAUAUGUAUGUUCCAGUUCUUAAUUUAAAGUGUAUAGAAUAUUUUAAUAUAUAAUUUUUGUAAAGAAUUGGGAUUUUUAUACUACAGUGUUUGUAAUUAAUGUGUCUCACUAAUUAAGUUUCUCUUGAAGAAAAUAUGCAAACUGUUAGACACGUAAUGAGUGAUUUCCAAACUCUAAAGGUAAAAUAAAUGCACUACUAUGGUGUUAGAAUA